AUAAAAAAAAAAAUGUCAGUUAAAGAGUCUUGGACCGUUCCUGUCAAAGAAGAAUCCAGCGAUUCUCAGCGGCUGAUCAACCGGAGUGGCUUCGACUCGAGGACUGGAAUUUAUAGCUCACUUCUUCAACUUAGUGACCAUCUCAAAGUUCCCACUGAUCCUGAGCUUGGCAUAGCCUCAUUUGUGUUAUCACAGUUUCCUGAUCCUUAUGUUGCUGAAUCAAAAAUUGCACUCAUAGAUUCAGCUACAAACCAACAACUUACAUAUGCUCAACUCCAUCGAUCAAUUCGAUCACUCGCCUGUGCCCUUUACCACCUCGGAGUCCGCAAAGGCGACGUUGUGUUCCUUUUGUCCCCAAACUCACUCUUAUACCCAACAAUAUGCCUAGCAAUAUUUUCAGUUGGUGCAAUUCUCUCACCUGCCAAUCCAAUCAAUACCCCUUCGGAAAUAGCCAAACAAGUACUUGACUCGGGUGCAAAACUCGCGAUCUCAGCACCCCAAGAGUUCUACAAACUCGUACAAACUGGGGUGCCUACGAUUGUCACAUUUCAUCAUCAAUCAAAUGGUUGUGAUUCAUUAUCUAUAGAAGAAUUAAUCGAAAGCAGCGAUCCACGUGAAUUACCAGAAAUUAAGGUUAAACAGACGGAUACCGCUGCUAUAUUAUACUCUUCGGGUACAACCGGAGUAAGCAAGGGUGUGAUAUUAACGCAUUCAAAUUUCAUAGCAACAGUUAGACUUGUAAGAUGGUAUGCAGAAGGAACAUCAUCCCAAGAUGAUAUAUUUCUGGGGUUCAUACCAAUUUUUCACAUAUACGGGCUUGGAUUUUUCGCGCUAGGACUAUUUUGUGCUGGUAUCACGACUGUGUUGAUGCAAAGAUUUGAUUUACAGGCAAUGGUGAAUGCAAUUCAGACUCAUAAAGUUAACAACAUUCCUGCUGUGCCACCAGUGGUACUUGGCCUAGUAAAGUAUUGCAAAGGUAAUAGUAGCUUGUCAACCCUGAGAAGGGUUGGUUCAGGGGCUGCACCCUUAAGUAAGGAAUUGAUUGAGGCAUUCAGAAGACAGUUUCCAUGGGUGGAGCUAAGGCAAGGCUAUGGGUUAACCGAAAGCUGUGGUACCGGCUCGGGUUUCCUGUCUGACGAGGACGCUAGAGCACACCCAAGAUCAUGUGGGUUGCUGUUGCCAACUUUUUGUGCUAAGGUGGUGGAUAUUGAAACAGGGUUGGCUUUGUCACCAAACAAGGAAGGAGAGGUUUGGUUAAAAAGUCCUACAAUUAUGAAAGGGUAUUUAGGAAAUGAGGAAGCAACGGCAGCAACAAUAGAUAAAGAUGGGUGGCUUAAAACUGGGGAUCUUGGUUACUUUGAUGAGGAUGGUUUUCUUUAUAUUGUUGAUAGGAUAAAGGAACUUAUCAAGCAUAACGGGUAUCAGGUGGCUCCAGCAGAAUUGGAGGCAGUGCUUUUAGGCCAUUCCAAUAUCCUGGACGCAGCAGUUAUACCGGUUGAAGAUGAAGAAUCAGGGCAGAUACCGAUGGCAUAUGUGGUGAAAGCAGCUGGUUCUGAACUCACUGAGGAAGAAGUCAUUCACUUUGUAGCUGGCCAGGUGGCUCCUUACAAGAAAGUGAGAAGAGUGGGAUUCAUAAAUGUUAUCCCAAAGUCAGCAGCCGGCAAAAUCUUGAGGAAGCAGCUGAUUUUGCAAAGCCAACAGCAAAUUCUCUCCAAAUUGUAA